AUGGCCGAGGACCGGCAGGUGAAAGUGAAACUCACCAUGCUGAUGCUACUGCUAGCAUUGUGUCUGCUGUCUCAUGGUGUAAGGAAUGUCUGUUGCUCCACCGUCCCUGAGAAUAGCACGGACAUGCUCGCCUUGAUUGAUUUCAAGGCAGUCACCACAGAUCCUUUAGGAUCCUUGAGCUCGUGGAACACUAGCAUCCACUACUGCAACUGGAGUGGUGUCACAUGUAACCAGAAGAACCACGGGCGAGUAACGGCACUCAAACUUUACAACCAAGGCCUGUCAGGCCCGAUUUCCCCAUCUGUUGGAUUCCUAACAUUCCUUCAUACACUAGACCUGUCUACCAAUCAGUUCUCUGGCCAAAUACCACAUCUCAACAAUCUCCAGAAGAUGCAAAUCCUUAAUCUGAGCUACAACUCAUUUGAUGGGGUUAUUCCAGACACGCUCACAAAUUGUUCCAACCUCAAGGAGUUGCGUCUCUACCAUAACUUACUCAAUGGUGCAAUUCCUCGGGAAAUAGGUCUCCUUAAGAAUCUAGUCUAUUUUGCCCUUAAUAACAAUAAUCUUACAGGGACUAUCCCGCCAAGCCUUGGUAACAUCACCCAUAUAAAAGAGUUUUUUCUUCAAGAAAAUCAACUUGAAGGAACAAUUCCUGAUGAACUUGGCCACUUUUCAAAUAUUUCGAUGCUGGGCCUUGGGACAAAUAGGCUAUCAGGUACUAUCCCUGUUAGCCUAUUUAAUUUGUCCUUACUUCAAGGACUACAUUUGCGUGCAAAUCAACUAAGCGGGAGCCUACCAAGCAAUAUGGGUGAUCGUCUCUCCAAUUUAGAAAGGCUAUACUUGGGCCAGAAUUGGCUGGAAGGUCACAUACCAGAUUCCUUAGGUAAUGCUUCAAUGCUACAAGACAUAGGUCUACAGUCUAACGACUUCACUGGUCAGAUCCCUAGCUCCUUCGGGAAGCUUUCAAGUUUAAUUAGACUAGACCUUGGUUUGAACAUGCUUGAAGCAAAAGAUAGUGAAAGCUGGGAAUUCUUACAUGCGCUAGAAAACUGCAGUGCUCUACAAGUGCUAGCACUAUCAAACAAUCAGAUGCAGGGGGUCAUACCAAAUUAA